CUCUGAUGUAAAUGACUCCCAACCCCAGAAAAAGAGAAACGGUGGUGUUGUUCCGCCAGAGACGAAGGCUCAUGUCGCAAUGGAGGAAUAUACUGUAGGCUGGUUGUGUGCCCUUUCGUUGGAAAUGGCCGCCGCGAAAGGGAUGCUCGAUCAGGUCCAUCCGAACUUACCCCAGCAGGAUUCAGCCGACCAUAACAGUUACAUCUUGGGUCAGGUUCGAGGCCACAAUAUCGUCAUCGCCUGCCUGCCCGCAGGCAUCUAUGGAACAACAGUAGCUGCCACAGUCGCCAAGGACUUGCUCCGGACCUUCAAGUCAAUCCAGUUUAUCUUGAUGGUUGGGAUCGGAGGUGGUGUACCGUCACAAACACAAGACGUUCGAUUAGGGGACGUCGUGGUCAGUCAACCUACCGGGACCAGUGGAGGCGUCAUCCAGUACGACCGAGGGAAAAUGGUGCAAGAGGAAGAUUUCCGGCGUACAGGAUCACUCAACUCACCACCCCAAGUCUUAUUAGCCGCCUUGAAUCGUCUAAAAGCCGACUACGACACAGGAGAUUGUCAGAUUCCCUACUUUCUUUCAGAGAUGCUGUCAAAACGUCCAAUUAUGAAGGAAAAGUACGGUCCACGCCAUUCAUCGGAGGACCGCUUAUACCGAGCGGGGUAUGAACAUGCCGAUGAGGAAUUCAACUGCGACCAGUGUGACCAAACCCAGGUGUUCCAGCGGUAUGCUAGAGAAGAAGAAGGGCCGCUUGUCCACUUUGGCAAUAUUGCGUCGGGUAACCAGGUUAUUAGACAUGGAGCGACACGAGACCGGCUUUGUAAAGAACUGGGGGUCCUCUGUUUCGAGAUGGAGGCUACGGGACUGAUGCAAGAUUUCCCAUGCAUCGUGAUCCGUGGCAUUUGCGAUUACGCGGAUUCGCACAAGAACAAAAUUUGGCAGGGCUAUGCAGCUGCGGCGGCGGCUGCGUUUGCAAAGGAGCUUCUUUCGGUUAUACCGCCUCAAAGGGUCUUGCAGGACAAGCCAAUCCCGCAACUGGUGUCUGGUUAGUAGAUCACACACAUC